AUGGAUCCAGAGAACCUGCCGGUCAUCAACAGCUAUCUGGAGGCCUGCGAGCCGCUGUCCUCGGAGCCCCGUCUGAGCCGCCUGCACUUCCACGACAACCAGAGGAAGGUCGACUACGUGCUCGUCUAUCACUACCGGAAACGCGGGGCGCACCCCGGCCACGGCUCCCCUGGCCACUCGCUGGCGAUCGUCUCUAAUGGCGAGACGAGCAAGGACCCCGACGCGGGGGCUCCCGGUGACAUUGAGCCGGGGCCGCUCGACGCCCUGGAGGAGGAGAGGAAGGAGCAGCGGGAGGAGUUUGAGCACAACCUGCUGGAGGCCGGGCUGGAGCUGGAGAAGGACUUGGAGAGUAAGAGCCAGGGCUCCGUCUUUGUCCGGAUCCACGCCCCGUGGCAAGUGCUGGCCCGAGAGGCGGAAUUCUUGAAGAUCAAAGUUCCCACCAAGAAAAGGUACAUGAUCAAGUCAGAAGGCAGCAUCGCGAAGACGUUCAACGAGAUCCUGCAGAAGCUGAGCGCACCCCUGAAGCCCCGAGUGCCCGAGCACAGUAACGACAGGAUGAAAAACCUCUCCUACCCGUUCUCCAGGGAGAAAAUGUACCUGUACAACAUUCAGGACGAGGACACCUUCUUUGAUAGUGCUACCCGUAGCCGCAUUGUACACGAGAUCCUGAAGCGCACCGCCUGCUCUCGAGCCAACAACAUGAUGGGUAUUAAUUCUCUGAUAGCAAAUAAUAUCUACGAGGCUGCCUACCCCCUGCACGACGGUGAAUAUGAUAGUCCAGGGGAUGACGUGAAUGACAGAAAGCUGCUGUAUCAAGAAUGGGCACGCUAUGGGGUGUUUUAUAAGUUUCAGCCUAUUGACCUCAUCAGAAAAUAUUUUGGAGAAAAAAUUGGACUGUACUUUGCCUGGCUGGGAUUAUAUACAUCCUUCCUCAUCCCAUCAUCCGUCAUCGGGGUCAUCGUGUUUCUUUAUGGAUGUGCAACGAUCGAAGAAGAUAUUCCCAGCAAAGAGAUGUGUGACCAACAGAAUGCCUUCACCAUGUGUCCCCUGUGUGACAAGUCCUGUGACUACUGGAACCUCAGCUCAGCCUGUGGAACGGCGCGGGCCAGCCACCUGUUUGACAACCCCGCCACUGUCGUCUUCUCCAUCUUCAUGGCUCUGUGGGCUACCAUGUUUCUUGAAAACUGGAAGAGAUUACAGAUGCGACUAGGCUACUUCUGGGAUCUGACUGGCAUAGAAGAGGAAGAAGAACGUGCUCAGGAGCACCCCCGGCCUGAGUAUGAAACCAAAGUUCGGGAGAAGAUGCUGAGGGAGAGCGACAAGUCUCUGGUCCAGAAACUGGGAACCGGUGGGACUGAGGAUGCGGAGGAUGAUGAAGACAAGCUGACCUGGAAAGAUCGUCUCCCAGGUUACUUGGUGAACUUCGCCUCCAUCUUGUUCAUGAUUGCCCUGACGUUCUCCAUUGUCUUCGGGGUCAUUGUCUAUCGCAUCACAACUGCUGCUGCUCUGUCGCUCAACAAGGCCACACGCUCCAACGUCCGGGUGACUGUGACGGCCACGGCGGUCAUCAUCAACCUCGUGGUCAUCCUCAUCCUGGAUGAGAUUUACGGUGCCGUGGCCAAGUGGCUCACCAAAAUCGAGGUUCCAAAAACAGAGAAGACAUUUGAAGAGCGCCUGGUACUCAAGGCUUUCUUGCUAAAGUUUGUCAAUGCCUACUCACCCAUCUUCUAUGUGGCCUUUUUCAAGGGGAGGUUUGUGGGCAGACCUGGAAGCUACGUUUAUGUGUUUGACGGUUACCGCAUGGAAGAGUGCGCCCCUGGGGGCUGCCUCAUGGAGCUGUGCAUUCAGCUCAGCAUCAUCAUGCUGGGGAAGCAGUUGAUCCAGAACAACAUCUUCGAGAUUGGAGUCCCGAAGCUAAAGAAAUUAUUUCGGAAGCUGAAAGGUGAGGCAGAGCCUGGACAAGCUGACUCCGCCUGUUCAAAGCACCCAGAGCAGUGGGGUCUAGACUACAGCCUGGAACCGCACACUGGACUGACGCCAGAGUACAUGGAAAUGAUCAUCCAGUUUGGUUUUGUCACCCUCUUUGUGGCCUCCUUUCCUCUGGCGCCGGUGUUCGCCCUCCUCAACAACGUCAUCGAAGUGCGGCUGGAUGCGAAGAAGUUCGUUACGGAGCUGAGGCGGCCAGAUGCUGUGCGAACCAAAGAUAUCGGGAUUUGGUUUGACAUCCUCUCGGGCAUCGGCAAGUUCUCUGUUAUCAUCAACGCUUUUGUCAUCGCGAUCACCUCUGACUUCAUUCCCCGCCUGGUGUAUCAGUACUCCUACAGUCACAACGGGACUCUGCAUGGCUUUGUCAACCACACCCUCUCCUUUUUCAACGUCAGCCAGCUGAAGGCGGGAACGCAGCCCGAGAACUCACAGUUUGACCAGGAGGUUCAGUUCUGCAGGUUUAAGGAUUACCGGGAGCCGCCCUGGGCCCCAAACCCCUAUGAGUUUUCCAAGCAGUACUGGUCCGUUCUGUCUGCCCGUCUGGCUUUUGUCAUAAUCUUCCAGAACCUGGUGAUGUUCCUGAGCGUCCUUGUGGAUUGGGUGAUCCCUGACAUCCCCACCGACAUCAGUGACCAGAUCAAGAGGGAGAAGAGCCUGUUUGUGGACUUCUUCCUGAAAGAGGAGCAGGAGACGCUCAGGCCGACGGAGGAGCCUGCCUGGAGGAGCCAGGGCGCCGGCCGUCGCAGUGGGGGCAGCCCGGCAGCCAGCCCGGUGCCCUCGGGCCGGAGCCAGCCGGGCAGCAGCUCGUCCCUGGGGUCUCAGCACACCAGUGUGUGA